AUGUCCCGCAAGGCCAAUGUGGAAUAUACCCUGCGGAGCCUGAGCAAUCUGAUGGGGGAGAAGCGUCGCCGGCAGCAGCAGCACCCGGCGCCUGAGGGGGGCCCGUCGAGUCUCGGGGAGCGGAGCCUCAUCGCUGCCGCCGAGUCUUGCUCCAGCCUCAACAGCCAAGCGUCGGGCGGCGGCGGCGGCGGCGGUGGCGGCUGCGCUGACCUGGAGCGGGCGGCUCGCCGCCAGUUCCAGCAGGAUGAGACGCCCAGCUUCGUCUAUGUGGUGUCGGUCUUCUCCGCCCUGGGUGGCUUCCUCUUCGGGUAUGACACCGGCGUGGUGUCCGGGGCCCUUUUGCUGCUCAAGAAGGAGCUCAACCUGGACGCUUUCUGGCAAGAGCUGCUGGUCUCCAGCACGGUGGGCGCCGCCGCCCUCUCGGCGCUGCUCGGAGGGGUGCUCAAUGGGUGGUGUGGCCGCCGAGCCUGCAUCCUCCUGGCCAGCUUCAUCUUCACCGCCGGAGCUGCCCUUCUGGCUGCCGCUCAGGACAAGGAGACCCUGCUGGGAGGGCGCAUCGUGGUGGGGCUCGGCAUAGGCAUUGCUUCUAUGACAGUUCCAGUAUACAUUGCAGAAGUUGCUCCACCCCACCUAAGAGGCAGAUUAGUUACUAUAAAUACACUCUUCAUCACAGGAGGACAGUUCUUUGCGAGCGUUAUAGAUGGAGCCUUCAGUUAUCUUCCAAAGGAUGGUUGGAGGUAUAUGCUGGGCCUCUCAGCAAUUCCAGCUGUCAUACAGUUUCUUGGCUUUCUCUUUCUUCCUGAAAGUCCCCGUUGGCUUAUACAGAAAGGGCAGACUCAAAAAGCACGUAGAAUUUUGUCUCGGAUGCGUGGAAAUCAGACAAUAGAUGAAGAAUAUGACAGUAUUAAGAAUAACAUAGAAGAAGAAAAAGAAGUUGGUGCAGCUGGGCCUGUGAUCUACAGAAUGCUGACGUAUCCUCCAACUCGAAGAGAGUUGAUUGUGGGCUGUAGUCUACAAAUGUUCCAACAACUGGCAGGUAUUAAUACAGUCAUGUACUACAGUGCAACCAUUCUGCAGAUGUCUGGUGUUCAAGAUGACCGGCUUGCAAUUUGGCUUGCAGCAGUGACAGCAUUCACUAACUUCAUUUUCACUCUUGUUGGUGUCUGGCUUGUUGAGAAAGUAGGGCGCCGAAAACUCACACUUGGAAGUUUAGCAGGCACUACCGUUGCGCUUGUUAUUUUAGCUUUGGGAUUUUUGCUGUCAGCUCAGGUUUCACCACAAGUCACUCUUAAUCCUGAAGGCCCUUCAAGUCAAAACUCUACCUGCACAAAAUAUAGUUACUGUAAUGGUUGCAUGCUGGAUCCAAUUUGUGGCUUUUGUUACAAACUGAACAAGUCAAGUGUUGUGGAGUCCUCCUGUGUUCCUGUUAAUAAGAAGUCUACAAUGGAAGCAGCCUGGGGCAGAUGUUCAAAUGAGACCAGACUCAAAACUGAAGGCACAUAUUGGGCAUAUAACUUCUGCCCUACACCAUACUCCUGGACGGCACUCCUGGGACUUAUUUUAUACCUGGUUUUCUUUGCACCAGGAAUGGGACCAAUGCCUUGGACAGUAAAUUCUGAAAUAUACCCUCUUUGGGCAAGGAGUACAGGAAAUGCAUGUUCUUCUGGCGUAAACUGGAUUUUCAAUGUUCUAGUGUCACUAACGUUUUUGCACACAGCGGAAUAUCUGACAUACUACGGAGCGUUCUUCCUGUAUGCAGGAUUUGCUUUUGUGGGACUCAUUUUCCUCUACGGCUGUCUUCCUGAGACGAAAGGGAAAAAACUAGAGGAAAUUGAAUGCUUGUUUGAGAACUCACUGUGUACAUGUGGCAUUUCAGAUUCUGAUGAUGGGAGGUAUAUUGAAUAUAUCCGGGUGAAGGGAAGUAAUUACCAUCUUUCUGACAAUGAUGCUUCUGAUGUGGAAUGAUUUUCAGCUGCUAAUGUAUUAAAUCAUUUAAAAGCCUUGUGGGGGCGAUGGGGGGGAGGGAGGUUGAAGGAGCUACUCUUGAUGACCUCACUGCCCUGCUUCUGGUCUGGUCCUCCUUUCUACUGUCCAUCUGCUUUCCUUUCCCAAACCAUGCCAUUUGAAAAGAAUAGAAUAAAAUACAACCUUGUUCUUUCAAUUAGCCGAAGUGACAGUUUGCGAAGGAGGGGCGUGUGUGAUUCUGUGAGGAUAUAAACAUUCCAGCUGUGUGUGCUGCUGCUGUGUCUGAGGUCCUCAGAAUUGGGAUUCCAAAUUCAAUUGAUGAAAUACCAUGUGUAGUUGUCCAUAUUGAAAAAUGCUAAAAAGAACAGCUAGCCAGAAACCAGAUGAAUCAUAAAAGUAUGGUUACCUGGCAACCAAGAUUUGAUACAAAAAUGCUCAGCCACUUACAAAAUAAGCAGG